CUCCUGAUAACCGGCACAGAGCAGUUCAACCAAAAGCCGAAGAAAGGGAUACAGUUUCUUCAAGAGAAGAAUCUUCUUGCCACCCCCAUUGACAACAAUGAGGUGGCCAGGUGGCUACGGGACAAUCCUCGCCUGGACAAAAAGAUGAUUGGGGAAUUUGUGAGUGACCGUAAGAACAUAGACUUGCUGGAAAGCUUUGUUGGGACUUUCAGCUUCCAAGGUUUAAGGCUGGAUGAAGCUUUACGACUUUAUCUAGAGGCCUUCAGAUUACCGGGAGAGGCACCCGUAAUCCAGAGACUGUUGGAAGCCUUCACAGAACAUUGGAGGAAAUCAAAUGGGUCCCCGUUUGCUAAUAGUGAUGCCUGCUUUGCCCUGGCCUAUGCAGUUAUUAUGCUGAACACUGACCAGCACAACCAUAAUGUCCGUAAGCAGAACGUCCCAAUGACUCUGGAGGAGUUUCGGAAAAAUCUGAAAGGUGUGAAUGGAGGCAAAGACUUUGAACAGGACAUACUGGAAGACAUGUACCAUGCCAUCAAAAAUGAUGAGAUAGUGAUGCCAGAAGAACAGACGGGCCUGGUGAAGGAAAACUAUAUCUGGAAUGUCCUGCUACAUCGUGGUGCCACUGACGAGGGAAUAUUUCUCCACGUGCCUCCUGGAAGCUACGACCAUGAUCUCUUCACCAUGACAUGGGGACCAACCAUUGCAGCACUUUCUUAUGUCUUUGACAAGAGCUUGGAAGAAACAAUCAUCCAGAAGGCUAUCUCCGGUUUCAGGAAAUGUGCAAUGAUUUCUGCUCACUAUGGCCUUAGUGAUGUGUUUGACAAUCUCAUAAUUUCUCUCUGCAAGUUUACAGCCCUCAGCAGCGAGUCUAUUGAGAACCUGCCCACUGUUUUUGGAAGUAAUCCCAAGGCCCAUAUUGCAGCAAAGACUGUGUUUCACUUGGCCCACCGCCAUGGUGACAUUCUGCGGGAGGGCUGGAAAAACAUCAUGGAGGCCAUGCUACAGCUUUUCCGAGCAGAGCUGCUGCCCAAGGCCAUGGUGGAGGUCGAAGACUUUGUGGACCCUAAUGGCAAAAUCUAUCUGCAACGUGAGGAGACACCAUCUAACCGUGGUGAAUCUACAGUGUUGAGUUUUGUUAGCUGGCUCACUCUCAGUGGGACAGAGCAAUCUGGUAUGAGAGGGCCAUCUACAGAAACACAGGAGGCAAAGCGAACGGCUCUGGAAUGCAUAAAGCAAUGUGAUCCUGAGAAGUUGAUCACAGAAAGCAAAUUCCUCCAACUUGAAUCCCUCCAGGAGCUCAUGAAGGCUCUAAUCUCUGUGACUCCUGAUGAGGAUACAUAUGAUGAAGAGGAUGCUGCUUUCUGCUUGGAGAUGCUUCUGAGGAUUGUGCUAGAGAAUAGGGACCGUGUGACCUGUGUCUGGCAAACUGUCCGAGACCACCUUUAUCAUCUCUGUGUCCAUGCGAUGGAGUUCUGUUUCUUGGUGGAGAGGGCAGUGGUGGGACUGCUGAGGCUGGCCAUUCGACUCCUUCGUCGGGAAGAAAUCAGUGCACAGGUUCUCCUCUCAUUACGUAUCCUGCUCAUGAUGAAGCCAAAUGUGCUGUCCAGAGUUAGCCAUGAGGUUGCCUAUGGCCUCCAUGAACUCCUGAAGACCAACGCUGCCAACAUUCACUCCGGGGAUGACUGGUACACGCUCUUCACCCUCCUGGAGUGUAUUGGGUCUGGGGUGAAGCCACCUGCAGCCCUGCAGGUUACAGCAAGGGCAGAUAACGAUACAGGUGCUCAGUCAGACAGCGAGGUCUCCUCCUUCUACCAUCCAAGUGACAUGAGCCUGGACCGUGGCUAUACCUCUGAUUCAGAGGUGUACACAGACCAUGGGAAGCCAGGCAAGAUGCAUCGCUCGGUGACAGAUGUGGAUGUCAUGUCUGGUGGUGUGGGGAAAGAUGACAUUGACACCUCCAGAUCCACUGCUGGGCUCAGCAGGCUGGGGCCAUCUCCUCUUGUCAACCAGUACAGCCUGACUGUGGGGCUGGAUUUGGGCCCACAUGACACAAAGUCUCUCAUGAAGUGCGUAGAGUCCCUGUCCUUCAUCGUGCGAGAUGCUGCCCACGUUACACCUGAGAACUUUGAGCUCUGUGUCAAAACCAUCCGCAUCUUUGUGGAGGCGAGCUUGAAUGGGGGCUACAAGUCCCAGGAGAAGAGAGGGAAGAGCCACAGGUAUGACAGCAAAUCUAGUCGGUUAAAAAAGAAGCCAAAGGAGAGCUCCACACGGCGAUCACGGGUCUUGAGCCAGCACCAGGCACACACACACAGUGAUGAGGAUGAGGAUGAGAGCAUCCCUGCCAGCUACCACACUGUGUCUUUACAGGUUAGUCAGGACCUCCUGGACCUCAUGCACACCUUGCACACCCGAGCAGCCACCAUCUACAGCUCCUGGGCAGAGGAGCAACGCCAUCUAGAGACAGCAGAGCGGAAAAUCGAAGCAGAUUCCCGAACACUGUGGUCCAACUGCUGGUGUCCUUUGCUACAGGGUAUUGCCUGGCUGUGCUGUGAUGCGCGACGCCCAGUACGGAUGCAGGCACUCACUUACUUGCAGCGAGCCCUCCUAGUACAUGACCUGCAAGCCCUGGAUGCCCUGGAAUGGGAGUCCUGCUUCAACAAGGUGCUGUUCCCUCUGCUAACCAAGCUACUUGAGAACAUCAGCCCAGCUGACAUUGGUGGGAUGGAAGAAACUAGGAUGAGAGCCUCAACACUACUCUCCAAGGUAUUCCUACAGCAUCUCUCCCCACUGCUCUCACUGACCACUUUUGCUGCCCUGUGGCUGACAAUCCUGGACUUCAUGGACAAAUACAUGCAUGCUGGCUCCAGUGACUUACUGCUGGAGGCCAUCCCAGAGUCUCUGAAGAACAUGCUGCUUGUAAUGGACACGGCUGGGAUAUUCCACAGUGCUGACUCACGGACGGGAUACUCAGAUCUCUGGGAGAUCACCUGGGAGCGGAUUGACUGUUUCUUACCUAGGCUGCGGGAUGAGCUCUUCAAACAGUCAGUCAUCCAAGAUCCUGUCCCCAGCAUACCAAUGGAGCAGCAGCACCAGAAAUCAAUAGUGUCUGCCCUGCCCCCUUCUUCUGCUGGGGAUGUGAGACCAGCCACCCACCUGGCUCCUUUGGAGAAGCCCUGUGAACUGGGUGCCAGUGAGUCCGAGAGAGCCACUGUACCUGCCUCACCCACCAUCAGCACCUCUGUCUCUCCUUUCCCAGCAUCAGCUCCAACAAAGACAAGCCCCGUUACAGACGUACCUCCUACAACAGCACAGCCACCACUCAUCUUGCAGCCUCUUGCCUCUCCCUUGCAGGUUGGGGUGCCACCUAUGACUCUUCCAAUCAUUCUCAACCCAGCCCUAAUUGAAGCCACCUCUCCUGUUCCUCUCUUAGCUGGUCCACGGCCCACUGACCCCAUGACAACCUCUGAAGUCAAUUAGUUUGAAGGUGUCUGAGAACUGUCUGCUGAGGAAGCUCUGUGGGUGGAGGAUGCUGGCCAAAUGUUCUCUGGUAGCGGGCAUGUUUGUUUUAGAAGAUGAUGCUAACCUGAGCAGAAGGGCUGCUGCCACAAUCCCCCUGGAGCACAUCACAUUCUGCUCCCUUCUUGUGGCAACCACCUAGAAAUCUGCCUAGAAAUCCCCCUUUUCUUGGAGGAGUGCCCAGUUCCACUGUCCUAUUUCCUUCCUGCCUUCACAAUCUCAGGGACCAGGCAACACCCACACCCAGCAGCCUGGGACCAAGCUGCCACCAGUUCAUCUGGUGAAGAGGGAAAAGUCUUUGAUGUCACACCAAAGAGGGGCUGCAGUACAGGACUGCCUCUC